UUAUUAACACGCCUUUAAAACUGUGUAUACGAUUUAAUUGUUACUAAUUUUUUUAAAUUUAAUUUCCAAAAGUAUUUGUAUAUUUAUCUUCUACUACAUAACAAAACUCGUCCAAGUCAAUGUAAAGAUAAUUUGCGUGUUUUGAUUGCAACCGAUGUUGAGAGAAAAUCAAUAUUCUUGAAAAUUUUGUUGCGACCUCGUCAUCAGCUCUACACUUUAUUUUACUUCGUCAAGAAAGAUGUGAUAAAAACGAAAUGUUCCGAAAAAAGUUAUGUGUGUUUGUUUACAAAUUUUGAAGUUUACUAGUUGAUGCCAUAUCUAUUGAAAAUUAUUCGAAAGACUUUAGCGAACGCUGCGAUCCGCUCAUCAUUGAACGUGAGCUUAUUAUCCCAAAUAUUGUUUUAAAGAAAUUAUCUUACUUUACUUUGUUGUUAUAGCAUGUUUUUUUACCCCCACUAUAGUGUAAUGUUUAAUUGUAAUAAAAACAUGAAAUUUAACUGACAAAACGAUUUAUUGAUUCUUUGCAUGCAAAAGUUAUCAUGCUAUUAGCGAUAAGCGGUUGCCGCAAGCGAUUUAUAGUAGCAGCUGAUACGUAAAAUAAAAAAAAAAAACAUUGUCACAACAUAUAUGUACAUAUUUUGUUGAUCAUAAUAAAAAAGAAAUUGAUUAUAUUAGGAUAGUCUGUUCCUCAUAUUGUUUAAAAAUGGACGAGUCUAAUGGAUUAAUUUAUGGCUUAGAAUUGCAAGCUCGGGCAUUAACUCCUCAAUACGGCGAAGGAAAUGAGGUACGCUUUUUUAUAGCGACCAACUCAUUAAAACCUACAAAUCAAGUUCAUCUACUGGAGUUUAAUGAGGAGCAAGCAAAUGUAAAAUCGAAGAUCUACGAACAUUCGCUUGGUGAAGUGUGGAAGUUAAAUAGUAGCCCACAUGAUGAAAAUUUGAUUGCCUCCUGUUACAAUGUACUUAAAGGUUCACAAGUGCAAACACAAGCGGCAUUGCUUGAAAUGCCUGCUGAAGUGGAUGAACAAAAUUUAAAAAUGGAAUUUCUACCUUGGCAGCACGUUGAAAUACUCGAUACGGAGAAAUAUGGUGAUAAAGUGAAAACUGUUGAGUUUCAUCCCAGUCAGAAAAAUACUUUAGCUUGUGUAGUAGAUGGAAAAGUUGUUAUUUUUGAUCGUGCUGAGUCACAGACUCGUGUUGUAGCAGAAGCUGCGGCAUCAAAUGCUCAGAAGAAUUCACCUUCUUUUACAACAGGAAAGUGGUCCCAUCAUCAUCAAGGUCAUCAGUUUUUUACACUACAUGAUUGUAAUGUGCGCUCGUUUGAUAUACGUGACACCCAACACUGUGCGUGGUCCAUUGAGGAUGCACAUAAUCAACUAGUUCGUGAUCUGGAUUGCAAUCCAAAUAAACAAUGCCAUAUUGUAACAGGCGGUGAUGAUGGUGCAGUAAAAGUUUGGGAUUGUCGUAUGCCAAAAGAAGCAGUAUUUUCACGUAAUGACCACGCUCAUUGGGUUUGGGCGGUACGAUUUAACACAUUCCAUGACCAAUUAAUAUUAUCGAGCUCAAGUGAUUGUAAAGUUUUACUGACAUGUGCUGGUUCGGUAAGUUCAGAAGCAUCUACUGAUGCACUACCUGAGGAACGACGACGUGUACUCUCUGAUGGUUUAUUACAAACUUUUGACCAACAUGAAGAUUCGGUGUAUUGCGUCGAGUGGAGCAAUGUCGAUCCUUGGAUAUUUGCGUCUCUGAGUUACGAUGGUCGUGUUUUAAUCUCAAAAGUCCCAAAGCAAUACAAAUAUCAAAUAAUAUUGUAAGUUGUAUUUAUUGAACUUAUACUUCUUGUAUAUUGUUUUAGUUUAAUCUUAAAUAAAAUAUAUUAAUGUACUAAAUUACC